AUGUUUAUUAAUAUCCAAAGUUUGCUCCAUGAUCCAAAUCCAAAUUCACCUGCAAAUGCUGAAGCCGCAAAUUUGUACAGGGAGAAUCGUAAAGAAUAUACAAGAAGAGUAAGAGAGGUAGUUGAAAGUUCUUGGGAAUGA